UAUAUCGUGGAUUAUGUAAAUGUUUAAAUACACGGAUUGUUGUAACAGGGAGCUGGUUUCAUGUUUCCAGUAGCGAUGGGAGAUGGUUUUGCUGGAGUUCUGGGUGAAUUCUUAUCCAGCGCGCUGGUCACCUGGGUCAGGACCUUCGAGCCCCUGGUGGAGGGGGGGGGCGAGCUGUCGCCUUCGUACCUGGAAGUGAACUCUGACUCCCACGAUGCACUGGGGCAGUACCUGUGGCUCCUGGACGGGGUGUUUCUGAACAGGGUCCUGCGGCUCAUAGACCCAAACCCGAAGGCAGAGCGGGUCUAUCGUAAUGAGAGCAGCGACGAGGUCCUGCGGGUCCAGAACCUGUCCAUCCUGACCCGCCACCUGCGCCACUACUACCAGGAGGAUCUCCAGCAGCUGCUUCUGAUUCCUCUGCCUAACGUUGCUGUGCUGGGGAGAGAACCCUUGACAGGUACCACAUGUGAUUUGCAGUGCGAAAGGAAAAAUGAGUUUAUUGAGCAGAUUCAGAUGCUGGACAUAGAGACACAGGCAGCCAUCGCCACCUACAUUCAGGAGAUUACUCUGGACCAGCACAAGGUUCUGUCUCUGCAGCUGUGCGACCCGACUGAGCUGAGCCGGGCCGCCGUGCAGAACCUCUUCCAGAACCUGACCCUGCAGCUCCAGAGCCUGGCGAGGGAGCGCGACGCACAGCUGGAGAGGGUCUCGGAGCUCAUGCAGGAUAACCGGAUGCUGCAGACCCAGCGUGGGCCCCCCCUCUCCCCCCUGACGCCCUCUCGAGACGACUCCCUGGUUCUGUACGGUUCUGGUUCUGGAGAAGCCCGGCAGAACCUCACGGUGCAGCUAGCGGACAGCAAGGCCAGACUCCGAGCGCUCCGGCAGGAACUUUCUGCUGGCCUCCCCUUUCAGAACCGGGAGCUGCUCAGUGAGGCCCGGCUGGCCCGCCGGUACCGAGACGAGCUGGACUGUGUGAGGGAGCGAGCGAGCCGGGCCGAGAGGCUGCAGAGUGAAGUGGCCGGAUACCGAGAGAAACUGCAGGGGAUGGAGCUGUACCGAGGGAAGCUGGAGGAGGAGAGGGCGUACUCCCAGUCCCUGCUCCAGACGAAGGCUCUCCUGGAGGAGCAGCUGGCUGCAGCAAGGAGCCGCGGUGAGAGACAGAGAGAACUGGAGAGAGACAACCUGCUACUGCAACAGAGGAGCCGGGACCUGGAGACGGAGCGCGAUGCUGAGAGGCAGCGGGUGGACGAGCUGCUGGAGGAGAACCUCGCCCUGGAGGCAGAGCUUAAACACAGGCUGGCAGAGACCCCGCCCACCUGGGGGAAGGAGCCCGAAAGGGAUGCGUGGCUUGAGGGAGCCCCUCUCUCUCUCUCUGUUCCCUCUCUCCCCUCUCUCCCCCUCUCUCCUCUCUCCUCAGCCCCCCAGCCCCUCAGUGUAGAGGUGGAGCAUUUCCUCUCCUGCAAUCGGCUGCUGGGAGUGGAGAGAGAGAACCAGGAGCUGCGCAGGAGGCUGGGAGACCUGGAGGGGGCGCUAGAGAGCAAGGAGCACACAGACCAGGUGAGACACACACAGAGACCAGGAGAGAGGGAGAAGGGAAGUGAGGAACUUCAGAGAGAGGAGAGAGACAGGGAGAGGGAGGCAGGGAGGCGGAGAGAGCUGGAGGCUGAGAACAUGAGGCUGAGGAAGGCAGAGGCGAGACUGAAGGAGGCACGGAGGGAAGUGGAGUCUCUGCAGUCGGAGCGAGCCCAGCUGGAUGAGGAGAUUUCCUAGUUGCGCAGUCUGGUGGAGAUGCACAAACUGGAGGGGGCUGUACUGGGGCAACUGGAAACCGAGAAAGAGGAACUGGAGCGAGAGCGAGACCAGCUGAGGAGGAGCUUGGAGAGCAUGAAGAGCCAGGCCUCGAAGGCAGAGCAGUUGGAGCCGCUGUGCCAGUCUCUGCGCUGCGAGGUGGAGAGGCUGGAGCGCUCCCUGGUGACUGGGAGGAGGAGAGCGGAGGAGCUGGAGCUGGAGGUGGAGGAGGGGGAGAGGGAGAGGCACGGGCUGAGCAGGGAGCUGGGCGAGGCCAGGCAGGCCCUCCUGAGCCUGGAGCAGGGCAGGGCGGGGCUGGAGGAGGAGCUGGAGAGGCAGGGCAGGGAGCGGCGGCAGCUGGAGAAAGAGGCACGGAGGCUGAAGCAGGAGAGUCAGGUGGCAGAGGCAGCCCUGGAGGAGAGCCAGCUGAGAGUAAUAGAGCUGGAGCAGCAGCAACGGCUCCUCUCUGCAGAUCUGUCCCAGGUAAAGGACUCUGUGUCUCAGCUCCGGGACCUGGAGAGAGAGAACAGGGAGCUGAUCCAGCAGGGAGUGGAGAUGAGGGGCAGCCUGACCUGUCUCAGAGAGGAGCUGGUGAGUGAGAAGGUGCGGUCUCAGGAACUGACUAAUCAGGUGGAGAGGCUGGGCAGAGAGCUGGAGAAGGCGGAGCUUAGCCAGGAGAGGAGGGGCCUGGAGCAGCAGCAAAAUGAGGAGAGUUUCAAGCUCCUGGAGAAGCGACUCGAAUCCUCCUUAAAAGAGACACUGCGAGUCAGGGAGGAGCAGAUCAGCACCCUGAGAGACCAGAAGGAGGCGCUCACAAGCCAGAACCAGCAACUGCAAGAAGAGACACACAGGUUGAAGGCUCUUAUUGGGGUGUCAGAGAGAGUCGCAGCCAGCCAGAGCGAACCCCAAAAUAGCAGCACCCCAAAAAACAACAACAACACAGGACCGCAAAUUGACUGGGACCCCCAAGAUUCCAGCACCCCAAAAAACAACACGGGAUCCCAGAUCACCGACCGUGACCCCCAAAACAAGGAGGAGCCUCAAACCAGCAGGGACCCCCAAAUCUACUCAGACCGUCUGAGUGACAGACUGAUUGAGGUGGAGAGACAGAAUGCCUCCCUGCUGGCGGAGAAGCUCUCCCUCUCCUCGCGGUUGUGUGAGAGCGAGGCUCGGGGGGGCAGGCUGCACGACCAGCUGGAGGCGCUGCAGAGACACUUCCUGAGCGUGCAGGACAAGAGCGCUGCCCUGCAGGCUCUCAACACGCGACUGCAGGUAGAGAACUCGGCCCUUUCCUCCCAGCAUGCCUCUCUCUUGGCGCAGUGCGCUCAGAGCGAGGCUCGGGUGGCGAUGCUGGAGGGCGAGGGGCGGCGCCUGGCGGCAGAGCGGGAGGAAGCGAGGUCGUGCCUGGAGGGCCUCCGCAGGGACCACGGCAAGCUGGCCGUGCUUCACGAGAGGCAGGAGGAGGAGCUGGAGGGGCUGGCGCGCAAACACAGCGAGCUGAAAGGAACCUUCCGGGCGCUGGAGCUCAGGCACCGCGAGCUGGAGGGAAGGCACUCCCAGUUCAUGGAGCGGAAAUCCCAGUUGGAGGAACUGGAAACCAGUCUGAAGGCGGAGCAGGAGCGACUGGAGAAGGAGGGAAGGAAACACAGACAGACGGAGGACGAGUUGGGAAGAGUGAAGGAGGAGUACAAGAGGCUGUCCCAGCUCCACCAGGAGGCUCUGAGGGUGCAGGGGGAGCUGCAGGCAGCGCAUGGGGGGCUGAGGAGCGAACUGGCAGGGCUGCUGCUGGAGAGGACCAGGCUGGAGGGGGAACUGAGCGCCCAGAGAGAGCAGAACCAGCGCCUGGAUAUCGACAACACCAAGCUGGGCAACCAGUGUGAGCUGCUGGCCCAGUUGAAAGGGAACCUGGAGGAAGAGAACCGGCACCUUCUGGAUCAGAACCAGGGACUGAGCCGAGAGAACCGGGACCUGCUGGAGAGAACCAUGGAGAGCAAAGACCAGCAUCACCAGGAACAGAGAGAGUCCAUGGACAAGUUGAACGAGCUUCGCAGGGAGAAACAGAAGCUGGUGGAGAAAAUAAUGGAUCAAUACCGAGUGCUGGAGCCGAGCCCAGCCAACAAAACCAAGAAGGGUAACUGGAUCGCAGACCGGAUGAAGAAAUUGAUCAAACCCCGAAAGGAUGUGAGCCGCGCCCACUUCAUCGCUGGGGGGGGCAGCGCGGAGACCCCGAGCCAGCCGACACCCCUCCAGGAGGAACCCCAACAGGGGGCGGUCCCCAACCCCGCCAGGGUCAUACUGGGCCCGUUCCCGCUCGCCCCCUCCCCCUCGGCCCUGCGCAAGACGACCAGCUCCUGCAGUGUGUUCCAGGAGGGGGGGCAGAGCCCCGCACGCCGGCCCAGAGUCAGCUGUCGGUACGGGAGGGGAGCGUCUCAGUCCUUCAGCCCUGGAGACAUGCGUCCCAGCCCCCGGGACAGGUUCCGCCGGAGAGCCGCGGGGAUGUGGGGGACCAUCGAGGAGGACAGCAGUGACCCUGGGGACAGCAGCAGAGGUGUCAGUGAGGGUUCCCCUGGCAGUGCUUGUAAUCCGGACCCCCCCAGCGCCAGCACGGAAGAUCUCCGGUCCCCGCUCGCCAACGACAAGACACCGCUAUCGGAGAAGAGCAGCAUGUGAAGAGGAGGAGGAGCCUCGGGCUUCGAGAGUGGACUCUCCAGGAGGAGGGGAGAGGGGAGAGGGGAGAAGGGGAGAGGGGAGGGGGGGUUGAACUCCCUCUCCCUUCCCUCUGUCUCUCGCUUUCCUCCUCUCUCUAUCCUCUCUCCCCCUCUCUGCUGCUCAGGGCUCUAUACCUCAAUGAUGUUUCUAUGUGUAUCAGUAACCUGUACUCUACAGUGUUGUAUUACAAUGUGGUCCACAGAGCCUCUGCUUUCACAUUCAUUUAUUAUACUUCAAAUGUUAAUCAAUAAAUACACGCUGGGAAGAUUUUCAAA